AUGAAGAGUGAUUGGUCCAUGGAUCACCCAAAGAACUUCAAAGAGGGAAACUCUCCACCUGAACACAGGCCAGUCAGUCAGGAGAGACCAGACUCACCUGUGCUCAGCUGUGUGUCCAUGAAGAGUAACAGGUCCAUGAAUCGCCCAAUAGAUCUCAAAGAGGGAAGCUGUCCUCCUGAACACAGGCCAGUCAGUCAGGAGAGACCAGACUCACCUGUGCUCAGCUGUGUGUCCAUGAAGAGUAACAGGUCCAUGAAUCGCCCAAUAGAUCUCAAAGAGGGAAGCUGUCCUCCUGAACACAGGCCAGUCAGUCAGGAGAGACCAGACUCACCUGUGCUCAGCUGUGUGUCCAUGAAGAGUAACAGGUCCAUGAAUCGCCCAAUAGACCUCAAGGAGGGAAGCUGUCCUGAACACAGGCCAGUCAGUCAGGAGAGACCAGACUCACCUGUGCUCAGCUGUGUGUCCAUGAAGAGUAACAGGUCCAUGAAUCGCCCAAUAGACCUCAAAGAGGGAAGCUGUCCUCCUGAACACAGGCCAGUCAGUCAGGAGAGACCAGACUCACCUGUGCUCAGCUGUGUGUCCAUGAAGAGUAACAGGUCCAUGAAUCGCCCAAUAGACCUCAAGGAGGGAAGCUGUCCUGAACACAGUGUCCAUGAGGAGAGAUCAGACAGUGAGUCCAGGACGAUGAACAGAACAACAGAAGAGAAAAUCAGCAUCACAGAGGGAGAGUGUUCUGCAGACAGAAGAUAUGAAUCUGCUUUGGCUGAGACUCAUGUCUAUAAGAGAUUCAAAUCAAAUCUGAGACAGAAGUUUCAGUGUGUUUGUGAAGAUUUAACAAAACAGGGAAACCCUUCACUUCUCAAUGAGAUCUACACAGAGCUCUACAUUAUGCCGGGUGGAAGUGAAGAAGUCAACAAUGAACAUGAGGUCAGACAGAUUGAGACAGCAACCAGGAGAACAUUAACAGAGGACACACCAAUCAAAUGCAAUGACAUAUUUAAACCCUUACCUGGACAAGACAAACCCAUCAGAACUGUGCUGACAACAGGAGUCGCUGGCAUUGGAAAAACAGUCUCUGUACAGAAGUUCAUUCUAGACUGGGCUGAAGAGAAGGCCAAUCAGGAUAUCCACUUCAUAUUUCCACUUCCUUUCAGAGAGCUGAAUUUGAUGAAGGACCAAAAACACAGUCUGAUGAGUUUACUUCAUGGCCUUUUCAGGGAAAGCAAAAUAUUUGACAGCAAUCAGCAUAAAGCUCUUUUCAUCUUUGAUGGCCUGGAUGAAUGUCGACUAUCUCUGGAUUUUCAGAACAAUGAGAGUCUGUGUGAUGUAACAGAGUCAACUUCAGUGGAUAUGCUGCUGACAAACCUCAUCAAGGGGAAUCUGCUUCCCUCUGCUCUCAUCUGGAUAACCUCCCGACCAGCAGCAGCCAAUCAAAUCCCUCCUCAUUAUGUUGACCAGGUCACUGAGAUACGAGGGUUUAAUGAUGAACACAAGGAAGAGUAUUUUAGGAAGAGAAUCAGCGAUCAGAACAUUUACAACAGAAUCAUCUCACAAGUGAAGUCUUCAAGAAGCCUGUACAUCAUGUGCCACAUACCAGUGUUCUGUUGGAUUUCAGCCACUGUUCUAGAGAGAAUGUUGGGUGAAGAGACAGGAGAGAUUCCCACAACUCUGACUCAGAUGUACACACACUUUCUCUUAAUUCAAAUCAAGAGUGUGAGACAAAAAUACAGUGAGAGCAAAGAGAAAGAUAAUGAAAUGAUUUUCAAACUGGGGCGACUGGCUUUUCAGCAGCUGGAAAAAGGCAAUCUGAUUUUCUAUGAGGAAGACCUGAGAGAGUGUGGCAUUGAUGUGAGAGAAGCAUCAGUGUACUCAGGAGUGUGCACCCAGAUCUUUAGAGAGGAGUUAGGGCUGUACCAGGGGAAGGUGUUCUGCUUUACACAUCUGAGCAUUCAGGAACAUCUUGCCGCUCUGUAUGUUCAUCUGUCUUUUAUCAACAACAGAAAGAAUGUUCUAAUUCAGAAGGGCUUCUCAGAAAAAAUAGCCAUGUUCAGAGGUUUACCUUUUUUUGACCUACACAAGAGUGCAGUGGAUCAGGCUUUGCAGAGUGAGAAUGGACACAUGGAUCUUUUUCUCCGUUUCCUUCUGGGCCUCUCACUGGAAUCCAAUCAGAUUGUCCUACAGAGUCUACUGACACAGACAGGAAACAGCUCACACAGCAAGAAGAACACUGUCGAGUACAUCAAAAAGAAGAUCAGAGAGAAUCCUUCUCCUGAGAAAUCCAUCAAUCUGUUCCACUGUCUGAAUGAACUGAAUGAUCAUUCUCUGGUGGAGGAAAUCCAGCACUACCUAAGAUCUGGGAAAUCUGGGGUUCUGACUGAAUCAAAACUCUCUCCAUCUCAGUGGUCAGCUGUGGUGUUUGUGUUACUGACCUCAAAAGAAGAAUUGGAUGUGUUUGAUCUACAGCAGUACACAAAGAGCACGGAGGACAACUCUUCUAUAACAUCAGAUGAGGUGUUUCUGAAUCUGCUUCCAGUGAUCAAAGCAUCCAGAAUGGCCAAACUCAGUAUGUGUAAUCUGACAGAGAAAAGUUGUGAAGCUCUGGCCUCAGCUCUCAGCUCAAACUCCUCCAGUCUGAGAGAACUGGACCUGACUGAUAAUAAUCUGCAGGAUUCAGGAGUGGAACUGUUCUCUGCUGGCCUGGAGAGUCCUCACUGUAAACUGGAGAUACUGAGACUUGAUACGUGUAAACUGACAGAGAAAAGUUGUGCAGCUCUGGCCUCAGCUCUCAGCUCAAACUCCUCCAGUCUGAGAGAACUGGAUCUGAUUUGCAAUAAUCUGCAGGAUUCAGGAGUGGAGUUGCUCUCUGCUGGCCUGGAGAGUCCUCACUGUAAACUGGAGAUACUGAGACUGAUUGCAUGUUGUCUGACAGAGAAAAGUUGUGAAGUUCUGGCCUCAGCUCUCAGAUCAAACUCCUCCAGUCUGAGAGAACUGGAUCUGAGUUACAAUAAACUGCAGGAUUCAGGAGUGGAACUGCUCUCUGCUGGGCUGGAGAAUCCUCACUGUAAACUGGAGAUACUGAGACUGAUUGCGUGUUGUCUGACAGAGGAAAGUUGUGCAGCUCUGGCCUCAGCUCUCAGCUCAUUCUCCUCCAGGCUGAGAGAACUGGACCUGAGUAAGAAUAAACUGCAGGAUUCAGGAGUGAAGUUGCUCUCUGUUGCCCUGGACAGUCCUCACUGUAAACUGGAGAAACUGAGACUGUUCAAGUGUUAUCUGGCGCAGGGAAGUUGUGCCAUUCUAGCCUCAGCUCUCAGCUCAAACUCCUCCAGUCUGAGAGAACUGGAUCUGAGUUACAACAUACUUCAGGACUCAGGGGUGAAGUUGCUCUCCGCUGGCCUGGACAGUCCUCACUGUAAACUGGAGAUACUGAGGCUGGCUUGGUGUGAUCUGACAGAGAAAUGUUGUGCACCUCUGGCCUCAGCUCUCAGCUCAAACUCCUCCAGUCUGAGAGAACUGGACCUGGGUUACAAUAAACUGCAGGAUGCUGGAGUUCAGUUGCUCUCUGUUGGCCUGGAGAGUCCUCACUGUAAACUGGAGAUACUGCGACUGACUUGGUGUUCUCUAGCAGAGAAAAGUUGUGCAAUUCUGGCCUCAGCUCUCAGCUCAAACUCCUCCAGUCUGAGAGAACUGGACCUGAGUGUGAAUGAUCUGCAGGAUUCAGGAGUGAAGCAUCUCUCUGCUGGACUGGAGAGUCUUCACUGCAAACUGGAGAUACUGAAGCUGGGAUGGUGUGGUAUCACAGAUGAAGGCUGUGCUGCUCUGGCUUCAGCUCUGACAUCAAACCCCUCACACCUGAGAGAACUGGACCUGUAUGGGAAUUUAAUAAAAAGCUCAGGAAAGAAUCUUCUCUCUGCUAUACAGGAUGACCCACAUUAUAAACUUCAGAAUCUAAAUCUGUUCUGGAUGAAAAGUUUGCUUCAGUGCCGUAACUCCAAACUGGAUCCCAGUGUGGUCCAUGAAGUGGUGAUGAAGUGA